AUGGCCGACAAUGACCUCUCGACUAACGGCGAGUUCUGGCUUUACGGUUAUGGGUACGUCCUCGAUCCCUCGAGAUCUCCGAUCCCUGUCGGUCUCGCUCUCGGUCGAUUCUUGUCCUUCACCUUCUUCCACCCUCCCGCACACAUCCCUGCUGCGGACAAGCCUUACGCAUAUCACAGAGGCACACCCGAGGCCCCGGGUCGUGUCGUCACUCUCAUCGAACGUUCGUUCUGGGAACAGCUGACCGACCACCACGACUCAGCUCCUGACCGUGUAUGGGGCGUCGCCUACCGCAUCAAGGCUGACAAGGUCGCCGAGGUCAAGGACUACCUCGACAUCCGCGAGAUCAACGGCUACACCAUCCACUACGCCCCAUUCUACCCGGCUGACGGCUCUGAGCCCAUUCGUACUCUUGUGUACAUUGGCACUCCGGACAACGACCAGUUUGUCGGUCCUCAGGAUCCCCAGGCUCUCGCUGCUCACAUUCGCAAGAGCCGCGGUCCGAGUGGACUGAACAUCGACUACCUCCUCGGCCUUGAGAAAGCCCUGGACGAGCUGAGCCCCGAGAGCGGUGACGUUCACAUUACUGACCUCUCCGACCGAGUCCGGGCCAUCAUCGCCGCCGAGCAUGAGGGUUCCGGUGAUGUGGCUUCGUUUCAACCGCUCCCGCCAUCCGCUGUCAGCAACAACUCUCAGCAAGAAGCCAGUGUCAAGGAGCAGGAGGAGACAGAGAAGAUAGGCUGA